AUGAAGUUCAUUGCUGCCCUCGCCUUUGCUGGUGCCGUUACUGCCGUCGCGAUUCCUCGUGACACUACAAUCUCUAUCAGCGUAGACUCUACUUUGAGCCAGCUGAAUAACUUACUCAACGAAAUCAAGCCUGCUGUCAGCAACCUCACUAACGAGGCGAAUGCUGCCAACUUGGACCUGAGCUCUUUGCAAACUCAGCUCUCCGACAUCCAAUUCCAGCUUAGGGCUCUGGUGCCCUCUUCUUCAAAACGUGAGAUCCUCCAAGAUACUACUAGUACUGUGGGAAACACACUCAACACUGUCGACACUGUUGCUGCUCCUGUCACCGAUGAUGUGAGCCCUGCAAUCUGGGGUGAAUCAAGCAUAACCAAGCGGGACACUGGUUCCAGCGUCCUCUCCAACCCCGUAAGCACGGUCAGCCAACUCGCGACACUAGCAAGCAAUUUCUGCAGCGGCAUGGAGAACAAUGUUCCCCUUAGUGAGUCCGUUAACCAGCUCACCAUCUUGACGCAGGGUAUCUCUGUCUACCUGCAGCUUCCUCUCUCUCUUAUCCAGCUCCCUUCGUCCAUCUAA